CCACACAUCGGGUAGAUUUGUGCUUAUCCACGGGGCGUUCAGUGAUAAAGGCAGCGUAAAGCAGUGAUCGCGUAGCCGACUUCCUUCAUUCGCGGCGGAGAUGGCGCUCACGAAAUGCAUCGCGCUGCUCGCCCUCUUCUGUGGAGCGGUUUCAGCAUCUUGGGGUCCUUCCAAUUUGGUGGCCGAAGUUGAUGACAGCGAAGGCGAUUUCGUCAACUUCAACGUGCAAUGGAAAGCCGGAGAUUGUCCGACUGCGAAAUUCCACUUGUACACCCAGACGCCCAAUGGACCUCGUAUCGAAGAAACGUCCACGAGAGAGUCUCAAUUCACGAUCGAGAAAAAGGAAUUCUGGACCAAUUACACGAUUAUUCUCGAGACUUCUUGGUGUAUUUUUGGCGAGAAUAGAUUGCAAAUCGAGAAAAGCAUUGGACCUGGGAAUCCCCAUCCAGUGAAAAAUGUGGAAACCGUGUCCUCCGCCGUCGAUGCCAACAUUACGAUCGAAGAGGCCUUCAUGCCGAAAAUCGUCGAUAUGUACAAUAUCACAUUGUGCUGGAGCGAGAGCUGUAAGACGAUGGUUCACGUCAGGAACCAGCAUAAGGCUACGACUUUCACCAUGGACUUGCAUGAACUGCUUCCCAGUACUCGAUACGAUCUGAGCAUAGUGCCAGCGAUCGCCUUCCAGGGCGAAACUUACCGCGGUCGAGCGUACGAGGCAGAGUUCGUCACUGCAGACGUUGAGCUCCCGAUUCCUAGCGGCUUCGAAGCCACUUUCCCUUGGCACGGGGAGCAGCGACUAGUCAAGCUCACAUGGAAGCUUAGUGAAGCCUCUUACGAUCUGGCAUUCUACAACGUGACCGUGACCUGCGAAUCGGACGCCGCCUUCGUAGAGUCUAUCGACGUCACGGAACCCGAGGUCACUUUCACAGACUUGCCGUUUUCCAAAAACCUGACAGUACACAUCACGCCGGUCUUCAAUAUCAGUCAUCAUUUGAUGUGCAGGACGCCUGGAGUUUUCCGAUUCGAGACACCGCACACAGUCCCUGUGCCGAUCAAGUUCGCCUCCGUCGGUCUUGACGCGAAUACGCUCUACGCUCAAUGGGAUACUUCUGUGAAGGUUCUAUCGCCUGCACUACUCUUCGUGAUCGAGUACAGCAGCUCAGAAAAUGACUCCAAGACAGUCAACUCUAGCGAGAGGAAAACCAUUCUUCGGGGUCUCGAGCCUAACACAACGUACGAAGUGUUGUUGAGCGUUCUCCCCGCCAACACGAGCUCUUCGUUCAACUUCACCACGUUGGACAAAGACUACGCCGCUCCCGUCAACGUCAUCGCCGAUCUGUUGAGCGAGGGUUCAGACACAGCGUCCUACGACUUGAAAUGGAAUUCAGACGCCGCGCCGAGAAAUGCAACCUUCUACCGGAUCAUCUCCUGCAAACGAGACACCGGUGUUUGUACGCAAAAUGAAACCGAAGACGCUCAUGAGGUCAUUCCGCUUGAAUAUUUCGCAGACUACGACCUCAGAGUAGACGCCAUAUACGAAUUGGAUCUGAACCAGACCCAGGUCAGGAGCGGCGAGAAAACCAACCUGACGACUCCGGGAACUUCCCCGUCAGCGGUCACCAACAUCCAGGUUCAAAACGUGAGCACCACCACUGCUGUCCUAACAUGGUCUCCGCCCGCUAAUCUGCCGGUGAAACUCUCUAGGACCUACCAGAUCACUGAUGCUCCGAACAAUGUUAUCGCAUCUACCGAGGAAGAACGCAUCGAGCUGACGAAACUCGGACCGUACAGCUUAUACAACAUCACCAUCCAGACCACCGUUUCAUACAAUGGAUCGAAAUUCGACGGAAGCGCAGAGAGCGAGUUGUUCUACACAGAUUCAGCAGCUCCAGGACCCCCGGAAAGCGUCACCGCGGAACAACAUGUCCGUACGAAUACCUUCAAGGUUUCUUGGACUGUGCCCAAAGUAAAAAACGGGAAACUCGAUUACUACGAAGUCGAGACCAAGGAUUCGGAGGACAACAUCGUCUCGAGCAUAACCGGACUCGUUGGGACGAGAGGAAUCACCGUUAGGCUGCCCUCGGUUCACGGCGAUGCAAACUUCACCGUCAGCGUCCGAGCGGUCAACAUCAACUUGAAAGGCCAGCCUCUACCGGGACCAGCGAAGAGCUCCGCGCUACUCUUCAAAGGCAUCGGUGCUCCGAGUGCUGAGGUUAUCAAACGAUUGAGCAGCUCGCUGCUUCUCGAGAUGACUCCAUCGAAUGAUACCGAAGACACCACCGGUCUGUACUACAUCGCGGCGAAUGCUCAAGGAGAUACUUUCAGGAGUACCUCGAAGCGAGUCGAGGUGAAGAAUCUCAGAUCCUACACACCCGAAACAAUCGCGUUUGCGGCCUGUUUUCUUCCGACAUUCUGCUCGGAGUCUGUCGCCCUCACAAGUGUCACCAACGUUGCUGGUCCUUCGGCCGUAAACGACCUGACCUCCGACUAUGCGAAUCUGACCAAUCCAGUCUUCAAGUGGGCUCCCCCCACGACUGCUAAUGGACCUCUGGACGGCUACGUGUUCACUCUCAGGGACUUGACCAAUAAAUCGGUCAACUUCGAGAAGGUUCUGCCGUUCCAGCAGCUGUCCUUCACUUACGAGUCGGACCUCGAAUUCGAAAAAUACAAUUUCUCCGUGAGCGCCUUCAACUACGACUUGGACGACCCGAAAGUGCGAGUAUCCGGAGAGCUGUCGAGCAUUCUUGUCAAGACAGCUGGGAGACAUCCCCCGAAACCGGAAAACGUUCAGGAGCUCAACAAGACCUCAACAUCGGCGUUCUUGCAGUGGGAGAAGCCGGACUACCCGGGAUUCAAAGUCGCUUACUACCACAUUGAAGUACCCGCUCUGAAAUAUCAAGAGAUCACGAAUAAGACAAGCUUCGUUCUUGAGGGCCUAAAACCGUAUACGAACACCACAGUUCUCACCCGGGGUUGUACUUCGGACAAAGUCGAUAGCUGCGGAUUGCCCGGAGCGUUCGAAGUGGCCACUCGUGUCGACACACCUUCGGAACCUCUUUCAGUCACUGUCUCGGACGUGACUCAAUCCGAAUUUUCAGUCUCGUGGAAAGCACCGAACACUCCGAAUGGACCGAUUGACGGUUACAAGGUCGCCAUAUCGCAGUCCGGAGCCGGCAAUCUGACGUGGAUUACGGUCGAGGAGAAACAAGUCAAGCAUAAGUUCUCAAACUUGACUUCAGCCAGCGCCUACACUGUCCACGUACUCGCGUACAACAUCGAUGAGGAUACCCAUGAGGAGUACGACUCGAAACCCGCCUCAGCCAGCUUCGAAACUGUCGGUUCCGGAAGUGCGGUGUGGUGGAUUGUGGCCUUGGUUCUUGUUCUGAUCGCGGUUGGAGUUGGUGUUGGAAUUUUACUGUACAGACGCAGAACGCUCCGAAACGAAGACAUGGGCUGAUCUGCUCAGACCCAGAUAAUUUAUUCCAUCAAUAAAUAUCGAGAAGAAAAAUAA